AUGUCUCCUGUUACCGAGAUCGUCACGCUCAUCAGCAACCACGCGACGAAGACGACUUCCAACUUCCAGGAAGUUCUUGAGCUCUUGCGCCAGCCUACUUUUGAAGGCAUUCAAAAGAUGUACUGGGGUGACCGCGUCCAGCAGCCUGGGGUUAGGCAGUGGUUCAUCAAUUGGGACAGCCGUCCUCAGGGGUCAGAGUCGACAGCCGCAACAAUGGCACAGGUCAAAGAGAAGCUUGACGCGAUUACCGAAUCCCCACCGACGCGCAGGCUCGUCGCUUUCAAUCCCUUUCCGCCUACCAAAUGCUUUGCCGCGCCGUUCACAGAAGUCGUCAUCAGCACCAUUAAGCCUGAAACGGACCUGAACGCAUUCAACAAGGUAGUUGACGAAUCGCUGGAAGUGUGCCAUGACUUCAAGGGAUGCUACGGAACGGCGUGGGGAUACGUCGUUGAUGCAAGUGAAGUAGUGCUGUUGGUAGGAUGGGAAAGUCCAGAGCAUCAUGUUGCGUUUAUGAAGACAGAACCUGCCAGGAUAACAACAGCUCCUUACCUUGAGGGAGUAGAGGACUCGACCGUUUUCUACGUUCAGGCACAAGACGCGUAA